CUGUCAUAUUGUUUCACCUAAUGGUAUGGGAAGCUGAGACAGUCUAGUUUAACCCACAAAGAAGAAAACGUGUUUGGAGGAACAGCCAGCAAUGUCUUUCUGUUCUCGGGAAGAACUUGUAUAAGAUAAGAAAUGCUAGCAUGGGUUUUAUUAACCUCUUAACCUAUUUUCUGGCUGCUGGUGCCAUUAGUCUGGGAAUUGGUUUCUUAGCUUUGUCAUCUGCUUUGUGGUUCCUGAUUUGCAAACGAAGGGAAAUAUUCCAAAGUCCCAGCAUUAAAUCAAUUGAUGAAAAGCUGAAACAAAGACUGUACAAACAGAAGGCUAAAUCUCAGUCUGUUUUCAUUUCCCGAAACUUUCACGCUGGCCAAUCUCCACCACAGGCGGAGCACAGAGAAAGGGAAGCAGCACAAAUGAAAGCAGUCAACUCUAAAGAUGAAUUCUGCCUUCCGGACGCUGUUGGCGGAGAGUCCCCUGACAUGCUCUCAGUAGAAAAUGGCAGCAGUGUGACAGUGAGUUUGUCAACGUCCGCCUCUUGUAGUUAUUACAGCAGAAGCGUGGAAGCAGCUGAUGAGUGGUUCUUGAAAGACUCUCUAGCAGCCGAGGUUCCCCCAGAGCCUUUGCUUGGAGAACCUCUAGCAGAAAAGGUAUUAGCAUACCUGUCAAGCAUCUCAUUAGAAGAAUGGCCUAGAAACACAACGAAUGUGACAUUUUGUGGCGUUCGAAAAGAAGACAGCACCAAGGAAAUGUUUUCACAAAGAAACACAGAAGCUGGCACACACAACCUUCCAUGUGAUACCAAAUAAAUCUUUUCUCUUGAAGCCUGCUAAA